UAAAAAAAAAACUACCUGAUGCAAUUUCUCAAAUUAUAAAUACAAAAUGGACAAAUUGUUAUUUGUUUACCGCCAUAAUCCGCAGAAGAAGAACCUUGAUUUUGAUCAGUGAGGAAGAUGAUAGCAGAGAUAUUGCGGAUGCCCUACAACACCGCCGUGCAGAUGGCAAUGGCUUCGCUCGAGCGAAAUUUGUUGCCGGACGCCGUCAUUCGAAGGUUCAUCCGCUUGUUAAUCGCCAAUCGUCUUCGCUCCGGCUACAAGCCUUCCUCUCAACUCCAACUCUCCGAUUUGCUCCACUUUGUACUAUCUUUAAGGGAAAUGCCCAUAGCUAUUAAGACUGAUCGGCCAAAUGCUCAACAUUACGAACUACCAACAUCCUUCUUCAUGUUGAUUUUAGGGAAGCAUCUCAAAUACAGCUGUUGCUAUUUCAAUGACAAGUCAAGUACCUUGGAAGAUGCCGAAGAGGCAAUGCUACAAAUGUAUUGCGAUAGAUCACAACUGAAGGAUGGCCACACUGUUCUUGAUAUUGGAUGUGGCUGGGGAUCGCUCUUAUUGUACGUUGUCCAGAAUUAUACGAACUGUAGGGUAACAGGAAUUUGCAAUUCAACCACGCAGAAAGGUUACAUUGAGGAGCAGUGCAGGGAUCUUCAACUGCAUAAUGUCAACAUCAUAGUUGCAGAUAUCAGCACAUUUGAAAUGGAAGCUCAAUAUGAUAGGAUAUUUUCCGUUGAGAUGUUUGAGCAGCAUAUGAAGAACUACAAGGACCUUCUCAAAAAAAUAUCAGGAUGGAUGAAAAAGGAUGGUCUCCUCUUUGUUCAUUAUUUUUGCCAUAAAGUUUUUGCCUAUCACUUGGAGGAUAUAAAUGAAGAGGAUUGGAUUGCUAAAUACUUCUUCACGGGCGGUACGAUGCUUUCUGCAAAUCUACUUCUCUAUUUUCAGGAUUGGUCAAUAUGA